AUGGUGACAGAGCAGGAGGUGGAGGCCAUCGGCCGGACGCUGGUGGACGCGGCCCAGCCCCUGCCCGCCCGGUUCCGGGCUCUCUUCACCCUACGCAACCUGGGCGGCCGCACGGCGGUGGACUGGAUCAGCCGGGCCUUCGGGGAUGGCUCUGCGCUGCUGAAGCAUGAGCUGGCCUACUGCCUGGGGCAGAUGCAGGACGAAGCGGCCAUCCCUGUGCUCAUCCGGGUGCUGGAGGACACCGGCCAGGAGCCCAUGGUCAGGCACGAGGCGGGUGAAGCCCUGGGUGCUAUCGGGAAUCCCGACGUGCUGGAUAUCCUGAAACGCUAUGCAGAGGAUCCCGUGAUUGAGGUGGCGGAGACGUGUCAGCUGGCAGUGAGGAGGCUGGAGUGGCUGCAGGAGAACAAGCAGGAGCCGGGCACCAGCCCCUACCUCUCCGUGGAUCCUGCUCCUCCUGCCGAGGAGACGGAUGUCGCCAAACUCCGCGAAACCCUCCUGGAUGAGUCGCGCACACUGUUCGACCGCUACAGGGCCAUGUUUGCCCUGCGAAACCUGGGAGGCCAGGCUGCCGUGCUGGCGCUGGCAGACGGACUGCGCUCCGGCAGCGCCCUCUUCCGCCACGAGAUCGGCUACGUGCUGGGCCAGAUGCAGGAUGAGGCCUGCGUCCCGCAGCUGACGGCCACACUGCGCAGCCGCACCGAGAGUCCCAUGGUGCGCCACGAGUGCGCCGAGGCCCUGGGCUCCAUCGCCCGCCCCUCCUGCCUGGAGACCCUGCGCGCCUUCGCCCGCGACGAGGAGCGGGUGGUGCGGGAGAGCUGUGAGGUGGCGCUGGACAUGUACGAGUACGAGAACGGCACCCAGUUCCAGUACGCCGACGGGCUCUGCAAGCUGCAGGCCUCCACCUGA